AUGGUGCCAUUUGUGAUCUAUUCUGGUGAUGGUACCGAAAUGCAAUACAAAUGCGAUAUAUGUCAGGAGACAUUUAACAGCUCACCUAAACUAUAUGAACAUCGUGAAAAAAUACACAAUAUUAAGGAUUUUAAGUGCCCUUAUUGUGAUCUAGAUAAACCAAAUCUACAUGAAUUUGUCAAGCAUAUCUAUAAAAGUCAUUUCCACCAAGGCGAAGGAAUUCACAAGUGCCCUAUAUGUGGUAGAGGAUUUAAAUACAAGUCGGCAAUACCUAACCAUGUUUUAACACAUACCAAAGAGAAACCACACAUGUGUUCAACAUGUGGCAAAAGUUUCACAUUGCUCUCUACUUUGAAACACCAUGAGGAGGUUCAUAUGAGUGAGGGUGAGAAGGCCUAUAGGUGUUCACAGUGCGGUAAAUGUUAUGGCUGUGAAAAGCGACUGAAAGAACAUUCUAAAAGUCACUAUAAACCUCACCAAUGUUCACUUUGUGGUUUCCGAUUCUCAAGACAACAUCAUUUAAACAGACACAUGAAAACUCAGCAUUCAGACCUGAAAAAAGAACUGAAGAUCAAAUCUGAUAAACCAGAUUCUAAAAAUCAUGACACACCAUUUAUUGAAAAUAGUGGUGAAGAGCCACAAACAAGUUUAAUGCAACCCAUUCCCCCUAUGUUAAGCUUUAGGGGGGUCAGACAACCUGGAGAAAUAGCCUGCUCUUCUUUGGGAAGAAACCCUGAGGGAGGGGAAUAUACAGAAACGGAACAGCCAGUAUUUCACUUCCAAAGUGACACUCAGUCUAAUAGCAAUAUAUCACGUCUUGGAAGUUUUUUAUAUUAACUUGCCAAAAUGUAAUUGAGUGGCAAAUUGAGAGACUGAAUUGACAUUCUGUUUUAUUAUGAAUUUGCAUGCAAUAUUAUAGAAUAUGCUUCUAUUUACUAUUGUACUUAUACCAAUGCAAAAAUGAGAAACCUUCUAUCAAGUAUAUUUUAAACAGAAAGAUCUGAAGGUGGUCUAUUAUAAGAUUUUAUAAAUUCAAAGUGCUCUCACAUUUUAAUUUUCAAAUGAUUUGGUGCAAGUGUUAACUAAUUAAUGUGCAGUAUUUCAGUUUUAUAAAAAAAUAAAUCAACAUUUAAAUCAAAAUGUUUACUUUGUUGUCUGAUAAGAGUCUAUUGACUCAAUAUAUUUAUAGCAUGCGCGGGUAUUUAGUAUAUUUCCU